CAAACAGAUUGAGGGAAAACCCUCUCUUUUCUUCCAUUAUUAGUAGCAGUCAUUAUUCCUUCCUUCCUCUUUUCUUCCAUUUUUCUUUUCCUUUCUCCCAUCCCACCACUUCCACUUUUCCUGAUUACCAUUCCUUCCUUGAUCCCUUCUCUCCUACUUCACUCAAACCUUCUCUUCCCAAGAUUUCCCAUUUCGCUCCGAUGAAGGCCCUGUCAGUCAGAUACUGGGUUCAAUCCUUUCCCAACGGCGAACCCGCCAAGAUCAAAGGCAAGCCGAUCAGCCAACUGGGUUUUGCUCACUUCUCCGGUGGCAGAAGCCGCGGCGGCAAUGUCGGCUUCCCGCAGCUGGUUGCCGUUGCUUCUGACAAGGGCACUUCUUCGCCCACAUCGAGUAUGCCUGAUAACGAAACUGAAAUUGGGAAGAAGCAGAAACUGCACGAAGAAGAAGAAGAAAACAAGGGUUUCGUGCUUGAUCCUCAGACCGAUGAUUCCGGUUCCGUUGUUGGCUUCAAUUUGACCUCUUCUUCUCACCCUCUCACUGGUGAUGCCAGUGAGGUGGCAACUGAAGCUCCUGCAGAGGUCAAUUCUGAGAAGGUAGAGGAGACCGAUGGCGACAUUGAAGGGGCAGACGGAGCUCCGACCAAAGUGACACACAGUAUUGUCUUUGUCACCUCUGAAGCGGCGCCGUAUUCGAAGACGGGUGGGCUUGGAGAUGUUUGUGGCUCAUUGCCGAUUGCACUGGCUGCCAGAGGCCACCGUGUGAUGGUUGUCUCUCCAAGGUAUUUACAUAGCCCUGAAGACGAUACCUUUGCCGCUGCUCUAGAUGCUGACUGUAGGAUUAAGAUUGCUUGCUUUGGAGGAGAGCAAGAAGUGGCCUUUUUCCAUGAGUACAGAGACCUAGUUGAUUGGGUAUUUGUAGACCAUCCUUCUUACCAUAGGCCGGGGAAUCCUUAUGGAGACAUCAAUGGUGCUUUUGGUGAUAACCAGUUUCGGUUCGCUUUACUCUGCUACGCAGCAUGUGAAGCACCACUAGUGCUCCCACUUGGAGGUUUCAACUAUGGCCAGAAAUGCCUAUUCAUGGUCAAUGACUGGCAUGCUGGCUUGGUUCCUGUACUUUUGGCUGGUAAAUACCGUCCAUAUGGUGUUUAUAAGGAUGCUCGAUGUAUUCUUGUGAUACACAAUCUUGCUCAUCAGGGAGUAGAGCCAGCAGCAACUUAUGGUAAUCUAGGGUUAUCUCCAGACUGGUAUGGGGCAUUGGGAUGGGUUUUCCCUGAAUGGGCAAGGACCCAUGCUCUUGACACAGGUGAAGCGAUCAAUGUGCUAAAGGGUGCUAUUGUGACAUCGGACCGGAUAUUGACUGUUAGCAAGGGGUAUGCGUGGGAAAUAACGACUGUUGAAGGUGGAUACGGUCUUAAUGAGUUGUUAAGCAGUCGAAGGAUUGUUUUGAAUGGGAUCACGAAUGGCAUUGAUGUUAACGAAUGGAAUCCAUCGAGCGAUAAACAUUUAGAAGCCCAUUAUUCUGCUGAUGAUCUUUCUGGAAAGGUUCAAAAUAAGAUUGCUUUGCAGAAGGAAUUAGGUCUUCCUGUGAGACCUGAAUGUCCCCUGAUUGGAUUCAUAGGGAGAUUAGACUACCAAAAGGGUGUUGACCUUAUUCGUUGGGGAAUUCCUGAACUUCUGAAUGAUGAUGUUCAAUUCGUUAUGCUUGGGUCUGGAGCUAAAAUGUAUGAAGACUGGAUGAGAGAAGCAGAGGCAGCUCAUAAAGACAAAUUCCGGGGUUGGGUUGGAUUCAAUGUUCCGAUUUCCCACAGAAUAACUGCAGGUUGUGACAUACUGCUGAUGCCCUCGAGAUUUGAACCCUGCGGACUAAAUCAGUUGUAUGCAAUGAGAUAUGGAACUAUUCCAGUUGUUCAUGGCACCGGAGGACUUCGAGACACUGUGCAGACGUUCGAUCCAUAUGCUAACGACGGUCAAGGUGAUGGCACAGGGUGGACAUUUUCUCCAUUAGCAGUAGACAGCAUGUUAUGGGCAUUGAGAACUGCGAUAUCGACAUACAGAGAUCACAAAGAGUCGUGGGAAGGGAUGAUGAAGAGAGGCAUGGAGAAGGACUACUCAUGGGAGAAUGCUGCUGUCCAAUACGAGCAGGUCUUCGAAUGGGCCUUCAUCGAUCCCCCUUACUGUUAGAAAACCAGAGGACUGCUACUUCAACCACCACAACAACAGCAACUACAUCAAGCUAGCUUUCAUCAGACAGAAGAACCUUCACAAAAUCCUCUUUUGCUGGCCUAGCAGGCUUCCAUUACUCAGCACUCCCUAGUGUUAUUGUUAGAUGGUAGGACCUGGUUUUAGCAGCACAAUCUGAUGUGAUUGUGGGUUCCAUUACCAGGUGAUUCUAUUUUAAUCAAAUUUUUGUACGUGGGUUGUUAGCUUCAAGCUGUACACAUUUGAUUUGAUUGAUUUUACUAGAUAGAAAGAUUGACAGAUUGUUUGGUGG